AACAAUUUGUAUAAUCGCUUCUUAAAUCAAAUUCGUGUUAAAAAAAGAAUCAGUUGCUCACUUUUAUAAGCAACAGUGCUGUUGAGAACAAUACAAUGCAACCCUGUGCUUAACGAAUUGCUAGUUUUGUCAUUACCUAAAGGUAACAUUAGUGCGGAAAAAUACAUUUGCCAUGUAACAAAAAAUCUAAUAAGAAAACAAGUUUUGUGCAAUAUAUUUGUGAAGGCAAACCUACGCCACUAAUUCCAAUCAGUUUUUAUCUGUCUUUCGUUGCACUGAAAGAAAGAGUGAAAUAAAAAUUCCAAUAAGCAUUAUGUGAAAGUGGCAUAGAAUAAUAUUUGAAUAAAUACAAAUUAAACGUGAAGGCAACAACAUCUAAUUGCGACGAAAGAAAACGAUAUUUUUGGAAGAACAAAAUUGAGAGGUGCAUUAAGCAGAGUGUCAGGUGCAGUUCAAAAUGGCUACUUCACCACGCUCAGUCGAUACAAUAUCAUUAUGCUCAACUGUUUCGAGUUGCCCAGACCGCAAUGGGUUUUACGGUGGCUUUCAACGCACAGAAAAACCGAAAGAACCCCUUUCCAAAGCGCAAAUUAUUGCGAGAGAAAAGAAAUGGUUAUAUAUGAUUGAUAAUUGGUCGCUAUACAUGUCUAAAAACUAUAAAAAGAUCCGUGAUCGUUGUCGAAAAGGCAUACCCAAAUCAGUGCGUCCACGAGCUUGGUUUUAUCUUUCCGGCGCUUAUUUGUUAAAAAAGAAAAAUCCCUCCGUUUACAAAGAACUACUAGAGCAACCUGGCAAUCCACAUGUAAUUGAAGAAAUCAAAAAGGAUAAACAUCGCCAAUUUCCGUUUCAUGAAAUGUUUUUGGACGAGGAUAAAGUUGGGCAAAUCGAAUUGUUUAACGUAUUAAAAGCAUAUUCUAUAUACAAUCCAAAAGUUGGCUUUUGCCAGGCGCAGGCGCCAAUUGCUGCCUUCCUACUUAUGCACUUACCAGCCGAAGAUGCUUUCUGGGUAUUUGUUAGUGUUUGUGAUGUAUAUUUAGAGGAUUAUUUUAUAACCGGACUUGAGGUGUUGCAAAAUGAUGCUGGCAUACUGGAGGGCCUCCUCAAAAAAACCUGUCCCCCCGCAUACCGUCAUUUACAAAAGCACAAAGUCGAACCCUUGCUUUAUAUGACGGACUGGUUUCUUUGUGCUAUGACACGAACAUUACCAUGGGAAACGUUAUUGCGAGUUUGGGAUUGCUUUCUCGCCGAAGGUAUACGUGUCAUCUUUAAAGUAGCACUAGUGAUAAUCGGUGCUUCACUCAAUCAACACAAAGUGCGUAAACAAUGUAAUGGUCUAUGUGAAACAUUAGAGGUGCUACGUUCUCCUCCUGAACAUGUACUAGAGGAGGACUUUAUUAUUAACAAUAUACAAAGGCUAAAUUUGCGUGUCGAAGACUUUCAAAUCGAACAUACAAGACAAAAAAAUCGAAGAGCCAAACAAAAAGCAAUGCAGGAGGCAGCUGCAGUGACAACGACAUCAACGACGGCAUCCACUUCUCACGGUAGUGCCUUGAGUAGCAGUAGCAGCAGUGGCGGCGGAACUAAUGGUUACAGACUAUAAUGUUAGCACAGAGUGCGUAAUAUUAGCGAGAAUACAGAGUUGUGUGAUUAUAAAAAUAUUGAAAAGGAAAAGUAAGUUCAUAAUCGAGUUGACUGCACGGAGGGCUGAAUAUGGUUUGAACUAUAUGCGAGUGUAGUUAUUUCAAAUUUUCCGUCCUUCACUCGGUUCUGGGUAUGUUUUAUCACAUUUUAAGCCAUUUUUUUUAGGGUGCUAAGCAUUCACACAAAGUUGUUUUUAUUGGCAAUAUUGUAGUACGUAAGCAACGAACAGGAUUAUAUACAAAGAGGAUGAUAAACAGAAAUAAAUAAAAAUAUUUAAAUUAAUUAACGACUAAAAGAUGACAAUUUUUGAGCGCACAUACAGUAUAGAGAAAUUGCGAGUUGCGAAAAAAAUAUCUUAAAAACCAUACACAUAAAAACACUAACAAAUGUAAUUAUACACAUUUUUAUAAUGUUUAAAUUCAUUAGUUUAAUAUGAUUACAGUUAAUGCACAAAAGCUCUAUGCAUAUUAUGUAGUUUAUUUUUGUAGUAAGCUACAGUAUAAUCAAUUAAACAAAUGUAUUUUACUGCAAAUUUAUAUGAAAUAUUCCAGGCGAAUCGAAAUGGCUCUUAACUGAUAUAUUGUAGCUUUAUGACGCUCGCGAAGCAGUAACAUAUGUAUGUAUAUUCGAAUAUAUAUUGAAUUAUGUUUUUUUUUUUUUAAAUAUCACCACACAAUCUGAUAGGUUUUCCAAUUCCAAACGAAGGGAAUUAAAUAUUCCUUUCAAAUCCUGUAUAAAUAUUUCACCCCAAUUUUUGAGCACGAUUUUUUGUUUUGUUUUUAUACUCGCAAUUAGUACUAAAUACAUACUGCGUUUACGAAAGUUUAUCAUUAAUAAUUAUACUCUGCAAAUGAAAUGUGUAUACCCUCGAAAAAACAGUGUGGUCAUUCCGGCAAAAUAUAUAUUGUUUCUGCUUUAUUUUUAACUACAAGUUAUUGGAUAUUAAAUAUUUAUUGUGCUAAGUAAGCUUUUGUAUUUUUUAAAUAUAUUAAAAAGCUAUUUAGCUACUAAUACACUACUUUUUGUGUAAGUAUUACAAAAUUGUGCAAUUUAACCACUUACCUUGAAAAGGUGGAAAACAUUUGUUUCAUAAGUAUUGAAUAUUUUUACGCUAUUAUGCUCUAUUCUGCAUUAUUUAUAUUAACUUUGUGCAGCUGAAUAUUAAUUAAAUAUAAUUUAAUAUAAAUUAGGCAGUAUGUAUGUAUGGAAUUAGAAAAGGCCACACAUACAUGUAUUUAUGAUUACAACUAAUAAAGAAAUUAUGAAUGUAAAAAGAGAGAAAUCAUCACUAACCCGUCAGUAAAUGUAAUUAACUUUACUGUGAAUACAAUCGGGCGAUUUAGUAGUUAUUAUUAUUUUUUGUUUCAAUGUCAUACUUUAUAUGUAUUCAAUUGGCACAAACAAGGAGUCUGCUGUACACAAAAACUAUUUCUUCAAUCAUAUUGAGUUUCGCAAUAAAAAAAAAACUUAAAGAUUUUAGUGAUGGCUAGAUUGCGCGAUUACAAAAAACAUACAUAUCGCUGAAAAAACGAUAAUUUCAAA